AUGGCUGUUGAGAACUGCACUGUGUUCACUGACUUCAUGCUCCUGGGACUUUCUGACAGACAGGAGGUGCAGCAGGGGCUCUUUGUGCUCUUUCUGCUGGUUUAUGGCCUCACUGUGGUUGCCAAUCUAGGGAUGAUCCUGCUCAUCAAGAUGGAGCCCAGACUCCACACGCCCAUGUAUUAUUUCCUGAGCAAUCUGUCGUUCUGUGAUGUUGGCUACUCUUCUACUGUCACUCCCAAGAUGCUGACUGAUUUCUUAUCUGAGCAAAAGAGAAUUCCAUAUAAUUUAUGUGCCAUUCAGCAGUAUUUUUCUGGGGCCUUUGCAGAUGUGGAAUGUCUCAUGUUGGCUGUCAUGGCGUAUGACCGUUAUGUAGCCAUUUGCAAUCCAUUGCAUGGAUUGCAAAUGGCAUAUACAAUUGCCAUGUCCAGGAGAGUCUGUACCCAGCUGGUGGCCAUUGUGUGCAUUGAAGGUUUGGUCGAUUCAGUAAUCCACACUUGUUGCACAUUUCAAUUGUCAUUCUGUAAUUCCAACAUCCUCAAUCACUUUUUCUGUGACAUCCCACCCUUACUAGCCCUGUCCACCUCAGACACAACCAUCAAUGAGAUAGUGUUGUUUGCUUUUGGUAGCUGUGUUCUGGGCUGCAGCGUCAUCACUGUCCUCCUGUCCUACAGCUACAUCAUAAUUACCAUCCUUAGAAUGAACUCAGCUGAGGGAAGACGCAGAGCCUUCUCUACAUGCACCUCCCACUUAACCACGGUGGCUGUAUUUCAUGGCACACUCCUGUUCACUUAUUUGCGACCCAGUUCGAGUUACUCUAUGGACACAGACAAAAUGGCCUCUGUUUUUUACACAGUCAUCAUCCCUAUGUUAAACCCACUGAUCUACAGCUUAAGGAAUAAUGAUGUGAAAAGUGCCCUGAAAAAAGCAAUCGGCACUAAAUUAUCUUCUGAGUGA